AAAGUGAAAGAAAAUAUAUACAAAUUCCAAAAAUAGAAAAAAUGCUAUGAAACAAAAAAAAGGCCAGAAAUUCUUUUAUAGAUGAAAGUGGCAGAGCAAGGAAAAAAAUUAGAACAAAGUUGACGCCAUUUUGCUAUACGAGUACAUAUGUGUGUGCAAAGAGAAGCGUGAAGCAAAAGUGCGUGCAUUUAUAAGAAUUGGAAUAUAUACCUAAAUAUGUAGGGUUGCGUGUGCAUGUGCGAUUAUUAUUAUUAUAUAUAUAUAUAUAUAUACAUAUAUAUAUUGAAAAUGAUGGUCACGACAAAAUAAUUUUGAUGAUUAAAUAAAUAUUGAGACUAUUUUUGUAGUUAGCAGUAGUGUGAAAAUUGCACGAUUUUCUCAAUAUUUUGUUAUAUUUCUUCUUUGAUAACUAAGAAAAAUAAAGAGAAACGAUGUCUAGAAUCUACGAAAAGUCCAUAUCUGAAAUCAGCUCCCAGCAACCGCAUAUACAACAGCAGCAACAGCCCACUUUAUAUCAACAACAACAAUCUAUGCUAAGCAAUGCAACAACACUCACUCUGGGCAACAGCAGCCUAUUCAAUAAUAACAACAAUGCGAUGGCCAAUGCCAACAAUUUUAUAGGUGGAUUUAGCUCCUUCGAUAGUGAUUCCCUGCCCGAUUAUUCUGAAUUUGAUUCGGAGUCGGUAACAUUGGAUUAUUUCAAGGAAAGUUCACGACGCCCAUCACCAUCGAAAAUGGCGCCAACAACGACCAUCGAAACCAUAACAAUCACGCGACCUUUAAAGGUUAUUGCAUUUAUUUGUGGCGUAAUCGUUGUCAUAUUAAUGAUAAUGGCAUUGGCUUCCACCGAUUGGCUUAUGGCAGAAAGUUGGCGUCAAGGUUUAUUUGUUCAUUGCAUUGAAGAAGAUGUCUUGCCACCGCUUCCAUUUAAUUUACAUGAUCCUCCAGGCUGUUAUCCCAGCCGAGAUGUUGCUUAUAUUAAAGCAACGGCGGCCCUUUGUAUUAUCACAUUGAUAACUGAUUUCAUAGCUACGACAUUAACUGGUCUUGGCUUAAAAUCGCAAAAUCACAACUUAAAAUAUAAAUAUUAUAGAAUUGCAGUUUUAGUCAUGUUACUAUCCUUAAUAUCUGUACUAUCAGCAUUAAUAAUUUAUCCUGUAUGUUUUGCCGGUGAACUUAAUCUGGCAAACCGACCGGUUUGGGAAUUUGGCUGGGCCUACGGUGUAGGUUGGGGCGCUGCCAUAUUCUUAUUUGGAGCGGUUGUCCUUUUACUAUGUGACAAAGAAUCCGAAGAGAUAUAUUAUAAGGAAAGAAAAAUAGUACAUGAAAACCAAAUGCGCGCCUAGGCCAGGCCGCACGACCUGCCUGACGUCGUUCUUUAGACAUAUAAAUUCGUUUUUCAAGCCUUAAUUUAAUUUAAAGAAGGAAACUUUUUAAUUUUCAAUUUAAAUCCUUGAUAUAGAAAUUUUAUAAUUUUUUUCUUAUCAUUUACGAUUUCCUUUCAUGUGUAUUCUAUUUUCUGGCCAAAAGAAAAAGCAGCAACAGCAACAAAAA